UCGAAGCCUCCACACGCCCGACAUCUACCGAAAUCUUCGUCUCCAUCCCGAUCUUCCGCUCGGUUCUAGUGUGCCGUGUUCGGGUUGGGGGAGGCGGGGAGGACGACAUUCAUGAAAUAAAGGGAAAAAAGCGUUUUCCAUCAUUCCUGAGCCCCUCCCAGCCCUCUGAUCACCGGACCGAGGCUUUUAUAAAGAGAGAGGCAGUCCAAGAUGAAAGCCAUCGUAGCGGCGGUACUUAGCGCCGUGUUCUGCACCGUUGUGUCAGCGUCUUCCAAAGUCAAAGAGGAAAGGAGGACGGCCUUCUUCGGCGAAGACGUUCACAUCGACGUGUCGUCGUGGAGCGACCUGGAGGUCGUGUUCCGACCCAGGACCAACAGCUCCUACGAGGUGCCUCUGCUCCGGUCGGGCCGGGUGACGAACCAGAACAAGACGGAGUUCAACUCUCUGGGCCACCUGGUGCUGAAGGACGUGCAGGAGGAAGACGAGGGGCUGUACAUCAUCAGAAGCGGCCGAAAUGUCAGCAUUUCCAAAAACCUCGUCCUCAUCGUGAGAGACUGCGUUUUGGAGCAGGUUGUUAAAUAUGGAGAAACGUACAUCAUCCACCUGAAUCAAAUCGAAGGUCCGAUCACGCUGGAGUUCAGGCCCAGCCUGCUCAGAGUCAAUCAGACGGUGGUCCCUCAGACCUCGGAGCCCCCCCCAGUGCUCCUCUACAACCAGAGCGCCGUGUUGGGGGACGACUACGCCGGGCGCCUCAGCGUGUCGGACAGGCAGGUGAUGCUGCACUCGGUCAGGAUGACGGAUGAAGGAAGCUUCACGGUUCUGGACCGGGACGGUCACACCAAGACCAGGAGCUGCCUGAAUGUCAGAGAUCAUCAGAGUUUCCUGCGUUUUGCCUACGGAGAGAACCUGAAGAUGAAGCUCUUCCUGCACUACUCCAACCUCAACGUGGUCUACAGGUCCAAACUGGACAACCAGGACCGGCUCAUUGUGAACCAGGGGGUUCUGGUGGCGCCGCUGGACCCGCAGCUGGAGGGACGGGUCACUGUGGACGGGUCGGAGCUGGUCGUGAAGAAGAUGCAACCUGCCGACAGUGGGCUCUUCAAGGUCACCGACCUGGCUGGCUUUACUGUGGCUCACGUUUACGUAGACGUGGAAGCCUAUAAAAUGGCUCCUCUGGCUGUUGCCAUCCUGUCCAUGCUGGGCCUGAUCGCCUUCAUGCUGCUGGUGUGCCUGCUGUCCUGCCUCUAUAAAAUACAUAAACGAAACGAGAAGAACAAGAAGCUGAUGCUCAUCGCCCAGCAGGCCGGCAAGAAGGAGGGGGAAGCUUUCCGGCAGGUGGUCCAUGAGGUGUACAGCAGGUUCACUGAAGAGUCUCUGAUGCAGUCAGUGUGUGAAAAACCCUCAGAAAGCACUGAGGUCACCAUCAAGGGUCUGGAGGUGUCCAAACCCGGCCGCUACCAGACUCUUCCCUCUGACAACUUCCUGGAAAUGAGUGACUCUGGAGUCGAGUUCAGCCACUCCGGACUCCCGCUGGACAGCGACACCGAGGCAGUGAUGACCUACGCCUCCCACAAGCCCCUCCUGAACGCCGCCUCCCCUCCAGCCGUGACGGAAGGCGUGAUGGUGUCCGACAGCCUGGAAGCCACGGCGGCCAUGGACGGAGACCUGAGCGCCGUCCGAACCCCGGACUCCAUCCUGAGCGCCAGCCCCGCCUCCAACCCGCGCUCGGCCUUGGCCGCCACGCCUGACGGCAGCCUGCAAGGGGCCGCGUCCCCGGCGACGGCCUCCAGGGGCACCGCGGGGUCCGACUCGGCCCAGACAGAGGGCGGGGCGGAGGGAGAAGAAGACGGUCAGAAGGAGUAAUCA